AUGGUCAGCUUCUUCCGCGAGUGGGACACCGAGAGGAAGACGUACGAGAUGCUGAUCGACACGUUCCGCCUUCGCUGCGACGACGAUUACGCCCACGGCACCCACUACCACGGCAUCUACGGCCAGAAGCCUCCACUGCCGGUCUUCCGUGACUUCCUGGCGCGUGCCAAGACCGCGGGGAUGCUGCCGUCGUGGUGGAACGAGGACAAAGAGAAGGAGUGUGUGCGCGUGGCUCUCGAGGACGAACACUUCAACAUACAGUUCGCCGUCGAGAAACACGACAUCCAGGACCACUACAAGGACAGCAUGAUGCCGAUGACGCUGCGUAUGGUGGCGGAGAAUGUGUACGGUGGCGGCUACGGCAUGGGGCAGAGACCGAUGCCCGACGACUAUGUGUGUCAGUGUUGA